UACCUGACCAGUGGUGUGUUGAGAUCGAUCGAGGAGUUUCUUUCCUGUUCCUGCUGUUCUUGUUCUUGUUCUUGUUCGUCUUCCUUCCUCGAACACGGGAAUAAGGACCCGAAUUACUGAACCUAUAUCCCAUAAAACAAAAAUUACACAGCACCAUUCGUUCGUCAUCUUCCAACGAUAAAGUGCACAAGGAAAAGAAAGAGAGUCAAAAGUUCCGUAUACCGAGACUCCUCUUCUUCUUCUUCUGGGCUGGUUUCGUAUACCGCUCUUUUCUAAAUCUCUUUCCUUUUCUCUCUAGAUUUCCCUCUGGGUAGCCUCAAAUUUCCUCAAAGUUCGUAUCUUUCUUCCUGUUUCUUUAUCAAUUUCUCCCUUGAUUCGGCGAAUCUCGGGGAUCUUGGAGUCUGCCUCAUCAGGGUUGGGCCCGAAUUCGUGGAAUUUCUCGUCAAAACCCUAGCUUUGGUUCGGGUUUGAGUGCUGGAUUGUGGGCCGUCUGGCAAGUGAGCUCCUGAUGCACUACAUCUUCUAACAAAUCCAGCCCCGGCUUUUGGCACCUGUUCUUAAGCUGAGACUGGGGUGAAUCUACAUUUGACGGUUGACUUCCAAUGGGCUUCUGGCUAUGAACACAUUAUCUUUUACUGUAAGGGGAGCACGCAAAAUAAAAGAGAAAGUCCAUGAAAAAAAUCCGUAUGGUACUAGAAUGUGCUUUAGCUUUUAGAGUUUAUUCUGGUGGAUUGAUGUCACUACCAGUAUGUCUGGUAUAGUUUGGAGAAAUGCAAAGGUAUCACGCUGCCAGCUGCACUAGUGCAGUCAACAACAAUGCGGUAAGUGGUGCAUCCGCUAGGGACACAGGACGAGCAGAUUCCUCUUCAAUUGGAAACUACUCGCUAAAUUCCAGGAAGUCACUGCCAUUAACACCCUACAAGUUGAAGUGUGAAAAGGACGGUCUGAAUUCUAGACUAGGGCCACCAGACUUUCAUCCUCCUACAUCUGAUUCUCCCGAGGAGAACCUGACCAAAGAGUAUGUACAGUUUGGAUACAAGGAAACUGUUGAGGGACUUGAGGAAGCCAAAGAGAUUACAUUGAGCCAGGUUCACAAUUUCUCAAAGCCUGUUGUCCUAAAGUGCAAAGAGGCUGUCAGAAAGUGUCUUAGGGCUAUUAAUGAUUCUCGUGCUCAAAAGCGCAAGGCUGGCCAGGUUUAUGGAGUACCUCUGUCUGGUUCGCUUUUAUGCAAGCCUGGAUUUCCUGAACAAAGACCUUGUGGGGAAGAGACAAAGAAAAAAUGGAUUGAGGGUUUAUCACAGCAGCAUAAACGACUAUGUUCUGUGGCUGAUCACAUUCCACAUGGAUAUCGGAGAAAAUACUUAUUUGAAGUCCUUAUAAGGAACAAUGUCCCUUUACUGAGAGCUACUUGGUUUGUAAAAGUGACCUAUCUUAAUCAGGUGCGUCCUGGUUCUUCAGCUCUUUCUUCAGGGUUACCUGACAAGACACAAUCUGCUCGUUGUGAGCUAUGGACAAAAGAUAUCAUUGAUUAUUUGCAGUACCUCUAUGAUGAACUUUUGUCACGGAAUAAUUCAUAUCCUACGCAUCACGCACGAGUUAGGUCACCACAGAUGCUUUAUACGGGAUCGAUGCAGAAGAUUAAUCCAGCAUCAACAUCAGCUCCUGACGGUGAGGAGCCGUCUCUACAUCUUAAAUGGUGGUAUAUGGUCCGCCUCUUGCAAUGGCACCAUGCAGAAGGGCUGCUUCUUCCGAAUCUUAUCAUUGAUUGGGUUCUGAAACUAUUACAGGAAAACGAAGUCUUUGAAAUUCUGCAGUUGCUACUCCCUAUAGUAUAUGGUGUUUUAGAAAGCAUUGUACUUUCACAGACCUAUGUGCGGAGCCUUGUGGCAAUCGCUGUCCGUUUCAUCCAGGAACCUUCUCCUGGGGGGUCUGAUCUGGUUGAUAAUUCUCGAAGAGCGUAUACUCUUUCUGCUCUGAUUGAGAUGGUCCGGUACUUGAUCCUUUCUGCACCUGAUACAUUUGUUGCUUCAGAUUGCUUCCCUCUUCCUCCUUCAGUAGGAGCAUAUGGACCUAAUGAUGCGAGUUUUGCAUCAAAGGCAUUUGAGAAUUUGGAAAAGCUGAAAAGUGGUUCUGCAGAAGUUUCUUCUUCUCAGUUCCAGGGCAGAGGCACGGAUCCGAGGUUUGAAUUCCUAUCUUUUGAUCAUAUCAUCUCAACCAUCCAAAGAAGUGCUGAUGAUCUUGCAAACAUUGCGAGUGCCGGUUAUCCUCAACAUAAUGUGGCUAAAGCAGUUCAGGCCUUGGAUAAAGCUCUCUCGGAUGGAGAUAUUAGAGCUGCUUACUCUCAUCUCUUCGAAGACCUCUCUAAUGGAGCCAUUGAUGAGGCUUGGAUUGCUGAAGUCAGCCCAUGCUUAAGAUCAUCUCUCAGAUGGAUUGGGUCUGUGAGUACAUCCUUUGUCUGCUCUGUCUUUUUCCUUCUCGAAUGGGCAACAUGUGAUUUUAGAGCUUUUCAGUCUGGUGUGCCUAAGGACAUCAAGUUCACUGGUAGAAAAGAUUAUUCUCAGGUGUAUUUAGUUAUUCAGCUCUUGAAACAAAACAUUUUGGGCAUGGAUUCCGGGUCUCGUCGAAAGAAUCGUCGUAACAGUUUUCUUGGAAUUUCGGGAAUUAGCCGCUCGAUGGAUGUAUUUGAAAGCCCGGGUCCUUUGCAUGACAUCAUAGUCUGUUGGAUUGAUCAGCACGAGGUACACAGCAGAGGUUCAAAGCCACUCCAACUACUCAUCUUUGAACUUAUACGUUCCAGAAUCUUCUAUCCCAUAGCAUAUGCGAGACAGCUGAUGGUUAGUGGGAUGAUUGAUGCAAUUCGACCUGCUGUUGAACUAGAAAGGAGAAUGAGGCAUCAUCGCAUAUUGAAGCAGCUACCUGGGGUUUUCAUCCGUGAUACCUUGGAGGAAGUGCGGAUCUUAGGAGGGGCUAAGCUUUCUGAAGCAGUGAAAAUCUUUUCAAACGAGCGACGUCUUCUUUUACGAGAACUGGAGAUUGAUGGAAGUAAAUAUCUGGAUAAUGUGGUGCUGUCAGAUAAGAGUUUAAAGCGUAAACAUAAGCCUUGUUCUUUUGCUUCAAUUGGUAUAUCGAGGCCUACUAAUGCCAUGACCAAUGCGGUGCUUGAGGAAAGUACCAAAAGCAGUAUGGAUAUCGGAGAACUAAAGGAGUUAAUAUCAGCUUUACUACAUUUUCCAGAUGUGUCGUCGUCUGGUAUGACAGAAUCUGUGCCAGAUGAUUCUCAAUGUGGUUUGAAAAGAUCUGGUGGAUCUUUUUGUAGCAACAUGGAUCAAGCUGAAGCUACACCAGGCUGUGAAGAUUGUAGAAGAACAAAGAGACCAAAACUGAAUGAGGAGAAGAGCUCAUUCAUCCAAGGGUAUUCACCAAUUGCAUCAGACGAAGAAGAUAACUGGUGGACAAGGAAGGGCUCCAAUACAAUGGAGUCUUCUAUGAAUGUAGAUCCACCGUCGAAGUCAAUUAUUAAGCAGGUACAGAGGGGUAGGCAGAAGACUGUGCGUAAAACACAGUCGUUGGCUCAGCUACAAGCUGCUAGGAUUGAAGGUAGCCAGGGUGCCUCAACCAGCCAUGUCUGUGGCAAUAAAGUAAGCUGCCCUCACCAUGGCCGUAGUACGGAUGGAGAAAAUCAUAAGGUGGUUGAUGCAGUCAGAACUUCCGGUGUAGAUGUUGUAUCAAUUGGAAACUUUUUGAAACAGCUACGAUUUGUUGAGAGGAGGUCGAUCACUGUUUGGUUGACAGCAGUGGUCCGGCAACUUGUUGAAGCGACUGAAAAGAGUAUUGUGAGAGUUGGGCAAUUCAGUAGAGGUGUUCCGGUUGAGGAGAAGAGCUCGGCGAGGUGGAAGCUGGGCGAGGAUGAGCUAUCUGCCAUAAUACAUCUGAUGGAUUCCUCUCUUGAUUUUGUUUCAGCAGUCAAAUUUCUUCUUUGGGUGUUACCAAAAACCAGCAGUAGCCCCAGCUUUACCAUUCAGGGUGGAAGGAAUCUUCUCGUUUUGCCAAAGAAUGUGGAAAGCCACACAUGCGAAGUGGGCGAAGCAUUUUUGGUGUCAUCACUUCAAAGGUAUGAAAACAUUCUUCUUGCAUCAAAUCUUGUUCCCGAGGCUUUGUCCGCUCUAACGUCCCGUGCUGCAGUAAUUAUGGCUAGUAAUGGAAAACUUCCUAGUUCAGGAGCCUUAGUUUAUGCUCGGUGUCUUCUGAAAAGAUACGGAAGUCUUGCAAGUGUGGUGGAAUGGCAAAAGAACUUCAAAGCAACAUGUGAUAAGAGGCUUAUGUAUGAACUUGAUCUUACACGAUCAGAUGGGGAAUAUGGAAUUCCCCUUGGGGUUCCAGCAGAAGUUGACAAUCCAGAUGACUAUCUACGUCAAAAAAUCGGUUCUACCCGACUUUCAAGGGUGGGAGCUAAUAUGCGAGAUGUGGUGCAACGGCAUGUUGACGAGGCCUCUCUCUAUUUUCGAAAGCUUGUUGGUGCUGGUAUGAUGAAAGGCUCUUUUGCUGAGAAAAAUGGUGAUAGGCAUCAGUUUGCUCAACGAAUUAUAGCCGGAUUAAUGGAUUGCAUUAGACAGACUGGGGGUGCAGCCCAAGAGGGUGAUCCAUCUCUGGUCUCAUCAGCUGUUUCUGCUAUCGUAAAUAGUGCAGGUUCUGCCAUUGCAAGGAUUUCGGAUUUCUUUGUUGGAAAUAACUAUCAGAAUCAUUCGUCAUCUAGCAUAGGUUCAUACAAUAUUGCAAGAUACAUCCUGCAUAUCCAUAUAACAUGCCUUUGCCUUCUCAAGGAUGCUCUUGGAGUUCGUCAAAGCCGAGUAUUUGAAAUAGCACUUGCAACAGAAAGUUACACUGCUCUUGCUGGGGUCUUUUCCCCUGGAAAGGCCUCCCGGAAUCAGUAUCAGUUAUCUCCUGAAGCUUAUGAUUCAAACCCAAGCCCGACAAAUGAAAUGCUGAACAAUACCGGCAAAAUAGCAUUCAGCAGAGCAACAAAAACUACUGCGGCUGUUUCUGCGCUUGUGGUAGGAGCUAUCGUCCAUGGUGUUAUAACCCUUGAGAGGAUGGUGGGACUGCUGAGACUAAGGGAGUGUCUAGAUUUUGUUCAGUUUGCACGGAGUACAAAAUCCAGUUCUAAUGGCAGUGCUCGAUCUGUUGGAACCUUUAAGGUGGAAAACUCUAUUGAAGUUUAUGUGCAUUGGUUCAGACUCCUUGUUGGGAAUUGCAGAACUGUUUCUGAAGGGCUGGUUUUGGAAUUUGUGGGGGAGCCUUCAGUGGUGGCUAUAUCGCGUAUGCAGCGUAUGCUUCCGCUAAAUUUGGUAUUUCCACCGACUUAUGCCAUUUUAGCCUUUGUCCUGUGGAUGCCAUUUGUUCUGAGCAGUAACUCUAGCAUGCAUGAAGACACACGUCGGCUUUAUCAGUCUUUGACGAUGGCCAUCAAUGAUGUGAUAAAGCACCUUCCUUUUCGGGAUGUGUGUUUGAGAGAUACCCGGGCACUCUAUGACCUUAUAGUUGCGGAUCCCACCGAUGCCGAGUUUGCUUCGGUGUUAGAGUUGAAUGGUUUAGACAUGCACUCGAAAGCGUUUGUUCCUCUCCGUGCACGUCUUUUCCUGAAUGCCUUAAUCGAUUCUAAGGUUCCAGCCUCUGUUUAUUCACAGGAAGGAGGCAGUGAAGCAAAAUUUCAACAUCAGGGAAAUGUAGCAAAGCUCCGAGACAAACUCGUAUCUGUGGUGGAUUCCCUGCAACCUGCAAAGUUUCACUGGCAGUGGGUUGAACUCAGGUUACUUCUAAAUGAGCAAGCACUGAUCGAUAAGCUUGAGAAUCAUGAUAUGUCUUUGACAGAGGCUAUACGAUCUUCCUGUCCUACCUCUGAAAACCCUGAUGCUUCUGAGCACGAGAAAAACUUCAUUGAAAUCAUUCUCACGAGGUUAUUGGUUAGACCAGAUGCUGUCCGGCUUUUCUCAGAGUCGGUUCAUCUUUUAGGGAGGUCGGUGGAGGAUUCAAUGCUGAAGCAAGCUGAAUGGGUCCUAUCAGGUCACGAUGCUCUGUUAGGCCGAAAAACUAUCAGACAGAAACUCGCUACAAUUGCUGAGAGAAAGGGCUAUCCCAUCAAACCCCAAUCUCGGAAGCCUUGGGGAUGGUGCAACUCUAGUGAUGCUCCUAUGGCAAUCAAGACACCAAAGAAAAAGAUGUUGGAAAUUACUUCUAUUGAAGAAGGAGAAGUUGUUGAAGGUGUGGAUUCAAAAAAGAUGUCUUCCCGGGCAAUUGAAGAGCUACACAGUUACGGUCAUGAAAUAACAACAGAGAGGGCUUUUGUCGAGCUGGUUCUUCCAUGCAUAGAUCAUAGCUCAGACAGAUCCCAGAGCACAUUUCUCAAUGAGUUGAGCAAGCAGUUUAGCCAAAUCGAACAACUGAUAAGUUCAGCUACCCGUAGUUCUAACAAGCAAACCGGAACCAUUUCUGUUGGAUCUGAAAUAUCUUCAAAUAAAGCAGCAAGUACACGGAAAGGGAUACGAGGUGGCAGUCCCAAUACGACAAAAAAACUGUCAACUGUUACUCCUGAGAGUGUGCCUCCUUCCCCUGCUGCUUUGAGGGCUUCUAUGUCAUUACGGUUGCAAUUCCUGCUGAGAUUACUGCCUGUCAUUUGCGGGGAGCCUUCAAGUCGUAGCAUAAGGCUCACACUUGCCUCCACUAUGAUCCGACUGCUUGGGACCCGAGUGGUUUAUGAAGAUUCCACUGUAUGCUCCCCUCCUCGCACAUUCUGUAGUAGUAACCUAUCAAAGGCAGAGAUGGAAUCAAUGUUUGAUCCUUCCGCUAGUGAAGCCCUAUUUGACCGCUUUCUGUUUGUACUGCACGGGCUGCUAAGCAAUCACCAACCCUGCUGGCUAAAGACGAGGCCAGUGUCAAAGCCACUCAAUGAAUCUCCCAAAGAUUUUUCCCCGUUUGAUCGUGACUCAGCAGAGAGUUUGCAGAAUGAGCUGGAACGGAUGCAGUUGCCAGACACUGUGAGAUGGCGGAUCCAAGCUGCGAUGCCAAUCCUCCUCCCGUAUCAGCGAUGUUCUCUCAUGUGCCAGCCUCUUGCUGUUGUACCUGCUACUGCACUCUCACUCCUUCAACCCUCUUUGGCAAGCGGGUUCACCCCUGGAGCUUCUUCUACUCCACCUCAGAGAAAUUCUAUUUCGAUGGCAAAAAUGGGAAACACAGCUCAAGGAAAGCUGAGGCAAACCCCAGCGGCUCAGCAGCAACAGGAACUGGACAGCACAGAGAUAGACCCGUGGAUGCUUCUUGAGGAUGGCACGGGUUCAGGUCCAUCAAGCAAUGGGUCAAGCAGCGACCACGUCAAUCUUCGAGCCGCCAGUUGGCUGAAAGGCGCAGUAAGGGUCAGACGAACUGAGCUGACUUACAUUGGUUCCGUGGAUGAGGACAGCUGAUUCUAGUUUUGUGGUAUUCAUUUAUACUUUAAUCGGAGCUCUACAGUUGAGCAACCCCCUUCACCCCCCAAGAACGAGUGACCGGAAAAGCUUUGAUGUUUGGUUAUCUAUAACUCAUGGCAAUCAUUUUUUGAGGGGUUUCGAUACGCUCGGAGACACGGGUGAUUCAGACAACAAACAGUCCACAAGACCUGAGAAGUUAUCAACGAGGAGAUCUCUGCCUGUGCAGUUAAGAGUUUUUGAGGAUCUGGGUCUGAACGUGUGUUUUUAACUACUAACCCAUUUGCUGCUGGUCGUAGCGCUCGCCACUUGUCACUUGAUCCGGACCAAUCCCAUCAUCUGCAAUUGGUCCGGAAGCCUGUUGUAUAUAGAGGGAUGGAUAAUUGGUUUCCGGUUCUUGUUCGAUUGAUAGUAAAAUUAUUCCGAGAAUCAUAUGUAGCUUUGUUUCCAUUUCUUAUUGAUCUCAUCUUUAUUCUC